GCUUCAUCUACCGUGAUAUAGAGACUCCUGAUAUUGUCCUGUGGGCCUGCUUGGAGGUUUGCAAACUGUGUAGCCUGACAAAUGCCAGCAAUUGCGCGCGCGUUAGCGCUGCGCAGCUGCAGAACAGCACGAUGUGCGCGUAGCCUCGUCACCUACACGUCCGCCGUUCGGGAACAACUGCGUGCGCUGCUACGAGAGACCGCACAACCCGUCGCGGUCGUCACCGCCCUCAUGGACCCCAGCAUACCCAACAAAACAAGCUCUGCGAGCCGGAGCGGCUUCCACGGUGCGACACUGUCCUCCUUCAGCUCUAUAUCCAUGGACCCGCACCCCCUCGUCGCGUUCUCCCUCCGGAUACCCUCCCGCAUGGCCACGUCCCUCACGGCCGCGUACACGGUCGGGUCUGCUCCCGCGCACCUCGUCGUCAACUUGUUAUCUGAGCAUCAGGCGGACACGGCCGUGCGCUUCUCGAGACCAGACCUUCACCCGGAGCCGUUCGCGUCCGUGCCGCACACGCUCACCGAGGAGGGCCUCCCCGUCCUAGACGGGUCCAUAGGCGCGAUGUCGUGUCGGCUCAUUGCGGCGUCUUGGCCACUGCACGACCUGGAGAUGCUUGCCAGGGGAGAGAAGGGUGAGAAUGCGGAGUGGGAUGGGGAGGGCGUUGCGUCCGAGUUGUUCAUUGCGGAGGUCAUACGUGUCGAACGGACUACUUCGCUUAGCGGGGAGGAGGCGAGGCCGCUGCUGUACUACCGACGAGGCUACGUGACGACUCGCCCAAUUGACUCGGACACAGGCGUCAAGCCAUCGAGCUGAACAAUCUAGACGGCAUAAUGAACGCGCGUACCACUGCCGCGAAUUCAAGAAGAUUGAAAGGCCAGCGACGAGACGGAUGCUGCGAAGGAUGACUUGACCCGGAAAUGGUCCGGUUCGC